AAAACAUGCAAAUGGCAAGGAAGGGACAGAGACCAAAACAAUUACGAAGAUAGCCUUAAAGAGAAACGUGGAAAAUUUAUGAAAAACUGUGAAAAUUGUGUGGUGGCGCAUAGAAAAUGGUGCUGCGGUCGGGAAUUAUAAUUCCAUUUCAAUUUCGCGAUACUAAGAAGCUGCUCAUGAUUGGUGUGCCCGAGGAAAAUCGAAAUCUGAACAUAUGGGACUUGAAGAAUGUUGUGCGCGCCGCAUUUGGCAUCUACAAUUUCGAGUUCCGCAACAAAAAGAUUGGCUUCAACAUACCCGAUGAGCUGCUGCUGCAUUAUUUGGCCCAACGUCACGACCUCACAAAUUUCGUUAUAGAAAUCAGCCAAGCCCUAGACGAUGGUCACGCCAAGGAGCUGCUCUCCUACGAGCCUUCCUGCUCAAUGGCUGCGUUGAAGCAGCAGCAGCAGCAACAACAGCAGCAGCAACACCAUCAUCCGCAUCCGCUUCAGCACCAUGUGCCACUGCCGCAGCGCUCCAAUGAGAGCGGCAGUCAUGCCCACGACUAUGUGGCUGGUGGACCCUCGGCCUUGCCUGGAUCACAGCCAAAUUCGCCAGCGCUGCGCGUUUGCAAUGAGCCUGUGGACUCGCCGUUGGAGCAUGCAAACAACUCAAAUUCGGAGCAUGCAGAUGCAGGCCAAAAAAUGCGGCUCACACAAACCUAUGCGGAACGCACGCCCGAAUCGCUAACACAAUCCAUAGAUCCCAUGGACAUAAUACCCAAAGCAGAGUCGGAGUCCGAAGCGGAGCGUGUAGCAAGGGCCGCUCGCUAUCAGGCACGGGUGCAGCAGCAGCAACAAGAGCAACAGCAACACCAACAACAACAGCAGCAACAACAACAGGCACAGGCAUUGCAGCACGCGCUGCCUUCCCAGCAAUUCUUUUCAAACUACACGCACAGUCUGCCGACUAUGACUCCACCAAAUACAUCGCAACAGUCGCCUUACACGCCCGGCCUGAUGAGUCGCUUUAGAAAGCGCGGGGAACGCAUGUCCAAGGACCAAAAGGAGCUGUACGUCAAGUUCUUUGAGGACAAUCCCUGCAUGCUGUCGAACCAUCGCCGCCACGAUGGCCUUACCGAGCCACUGUGGGCCAAGCUGGCGCACAUGCUCAAUAGUGUGCCGCAGGGAGCUGUCAAGAAUGUGGAGGAUUGGAAGCAAACAUUUGAUGCCUGGCGCUAUCGCAUUUUCAUGUACACACGCUACAACUCCAAGCUGAGCAUGUCGGAGACGAGCGAUCCCAAGAACUUUAAGCCACUGACCGCAACUGAUCAGAAGGCCUACGCCAUGUGGACCAGUCACAAGCACAUUGCACCGCCGGACUACGACAAAAUGGAUAUGUUUGUGCCGCUGGACGAGAGCACCACGGCAACGAACAGUUACGACUACUAAGGCAAACCAAGCUCCAACCCCAGUGCAAAUGUUAAUUGAUAAUUGAUAAUCAGAACGAAGAUGAUGUGUACUUUAACUAAUGCUAAGCGCUAAAUACAUUAUGUUUAAGCAACAUAUAUGAAACAA